AUGAUAGCCUCCAGUCUGUCUGUCAGCAGCCCAGAGGAAGCCGUGGUCAUCUCAGGCGCCUCCCCGCCGUCAUCCGCGCGACGCGUCACCCCAGCCGUCAACAACGAAUCGGCCCUCACCCGGGUGGGCAACGGGGACUGUCAGAUCCCCCGACCUGGAGAGGAUGCGGGUGCGAGCGCGGACAAGGCCAUCAUCGUCGAGAGCAUCAUCCAGGACGAAGCGAUGACGCGGCUCAGCACGGCUGAACUGUACGGCGGAGUAGUGCGGAGAGAAGUGCCGUUCAUUCCGACCGAGUAUCUAGCAGGCGACGACGACUCGGCUCUGUCGCCGGUACUGAGACAUUGCGUCCGACUGGCGGGCAAGCUGUCGCUGGCGACUCGCUGCGGGGGCCUGUCGGACACGGACCUGCACGAGCUGCACACUCUCCUGGCCAGCCGAUGCGUCGUCGACCUGUCCGACUGCGCGGGCCUGAUGCUCCUUCUGUCGCGGAUACAGCCAGACAGCCGACUCGUCGACAGGGUCCUCCUACCGCUAUCCACGUCCAACGCCCCGCUGGAGAACACCCCGAUGCCCAUCGCCGUGGGCUGCCUGACAUCGUACUCGUGGCUAUCCCUCGUCGGGUUCGCCCCGCUCCCCACCUUACCUCCAUUCAAGCCCUCUACGAUCCUCGACUACCGAGAUACGACCGAGCCCGGCACCUGGGCACCGCACUACCUCAAGCUGACGCACCUGGCGGCAUCAUUCGUCCACCUGCGUCGCACCACCCAGGGCAGAGGUAACACGCCUGACACGACGGUAGCCUGGGCCGAGCUCGAGUACACGACGCUUCUCAACGUCGCCCAGAUGCCGUCCGAAUACCUCGACGUACGUGACGACAUGCCUGCCACGCCCGCCGCCACGAUCACCCACAUGCUGCAGACGCUCGUGUUCCUGCGUAUAUACCAGCACCUGCUGUACCACAACCCUUCCCUGGGCCAGGCCAUCGGUCUGCGGCCCGUCCCCGGAGUCAUCCACUUCAUAUGCGCGCUCGCCCGGUCCGUCUUCAUAUGCCCGUCUGUCGUCAUCAACCACUGGCCUAUACUGGGGGACAUACAGGCUACCACCGUCGAGGUCCUGCUCGACAUGUGGAAGCUCACCAAGGCGGGAAACUGCCGGUCGCUUCUGAAUCUGUGGAAGCCCGUGGGCACCCGCUUCGACGGUCUGGCCCGCCACGUCAGGGACCAGAUCGGCAGCGGGCCCUGGGAUGUCGAGAUGAUUGACGGCUAUUCCGUCUUUUGGAUGUUUCGCGAUCUGAGAAGUCUGAGCCUCGAGGGCCAUAUGCGAAAACCGGACGGGGCUGCUGCAUCAUAG